GGGCAAUGUCUGCCUUUCCGGUUUAGACACAUUUACUUCCGUUUGGUAUGGGUACAAAUUGUGAAGUGAUUGUUUUUCCUCCUGGUAAAUCCGGGAAAAUAUCAAAAUGGAAGGUGAAGGAGGGUACAUUUGUGUCAAUAGGGCGUGUGCUUCUUUUAUAUGACAUUAAUUCCAGCAAUGGACGGGAAGAACUAAAAAAACUAAAAGCGACGCAAAUGGGGAUGGUACGGAAACUUUUGGCUAGAGAAGGAGAAACUAUUACUCCCGGAACGGCAUUGCUGGAAUUAGAAGAAUGUACUCACCCAACUGUUAUGAAUGCUAUGUGUGCAGAAUGUGGGGCAGACCUAAAAACAGAAAAUCAAAAUUGUCUUAAAGCAUCAGUCCCUAUGGUACAUAGCAUUCCGGAUCUCAAAGUCAGCAGGGAGCAAGCAGAACUGAUUGGUAAAGCUGAUGAAGAACGAUUGAUAAAACACAGAAAGCUAGUUUUAUUGGUUGAUUUGGAUCAAACAUUGAUUCAUACGACAAAUGAUAACAUUCCACCAAAUAUAAAGGAUGUAUAUCAUUUCCAGUUGUAUGGACCUACUUCACCAUGGUACCAUACUCGUAUUCGACCUGGCACUAGUCAUUUCUUAAAAGAAAUGAGCCAGUUGUAUGAGCUACAUAUUUGUACUUUUGGAGCACGUAAUUAUGCACACAUGAUAGCUACAUUUUUGGAUCCCGAUGGGAAAUAUUUCUCUCAUAGAAUUUUGUCACGAGAUGAAUGCUUCAAUUCUAGUUCAAAAACAGCAAACCUAUCGGCAUUAUUUCCGUGUGGUGACAACAUGGUCUGCAUUAUUGAUGACAGGGAAGAUGUUUGGAAUUUUGCCCCCAAUUUGAUUCAUGUCAAACCUUAUCAUUUUUUUAAACAUACCGGUGAUAUUAAUGCCCCUCCAGGUCUUACAAAGCAUGAAAAUGAUGAAAAAGAGGGAUUUGACUUCAGCAGUUUUGAGAACAGGAGCUCUUCUCCAGAGAACAAGUUGCAGGAGAAGGCGAAAGAGGUGGAGUUAGUUAAAAUGGAAGAUUUAAAAAAUGAAAAGGAUCUUGCCAAAGAGAAUGUUGAAGAGAAAGAAACGCCUUAUACAAAUGUUGAAAUGAAAGAUGAAAAUUCAGAUACAUUAAAACAGAAGAAAAUGCCCGGAGAAGAAAAAGAAGAAGAAAACGAAAAACUUUUAAGAGAUGUUGAAGUUAAAAGUUGUGAUCCAGACAGCCAGCCUACAAAUGUCGAGAAACAAAUCAAAAAUAAAAAUCCAAAAUCCGAAAAUUCUUCAGACAAAAACACAGAGGUUAAGUCAACAUCGGAACUUUGCCCUGAUGGAGGAAAGGAUUCAAUUUCAGUUGAUUAUAAUACUGUAAGCAAACCUAAUAAAUAUUCAGAAAGCGCAAAAGAUGAAAAGGAAAAUAUAAAUAAUGUUGGUGCCAAUGAUAUAUCAGAAAAUAUUAAAGAAAAUUGUCGACUGGAUAACGAAGGGAAAGAAAAUGAAUGUGUGGUCAAUAAAGAUGAAAUUGGAGAGGAGAAAAGCAACAUAAAUAAUAUUGAGAUUGAAAGAGAAGUUGAAGACAGUGAUGACUACCUUUUAUAUUUAGAAGGAAUUUUGAAAACUAUUCAUCAUGCAUUUUAUGAAAUCUUCGAUGAACUUCAAGGUGAUAUGCCAGACUUAAAAAGUGUCAUACCUUAUGUCCGACGCAAAGUUUUAUGUGGUACACGUUUAGUUUUUAGUGGUCUUGUUCCCACAAAUGUACCUUUAGAGAAAAGUAGGGUAUACCAAGUGGCUAGGUCAUUAGGAGCAGUAGUCAGCUCGGAUAUUGAUUCAAAGACUACUCAUUUAGUAGCUAUUAGAUCAGGUACUGCAAAAGUUAAUACUGCAAGAAGAAUGAAAAACAUUUCUAUUGUAACUCCAGAGUGGUUGUGGGGUUGUGCUGAAAGAUGGGAACACAUAGAAGAGAAGUUAUUUCCAUUAGGUCGGAGACAGACCUCUAGUAGGCAUCCACCUCCACAUUGUGGAAGUCCUGAACAUUCACCUGGACAAUUGGGUGCGAGCCGCUUUAUGGAUAGCAUAAAUCCGCUUAUGUCUUUUUCAUCAGAAGAUAUUGCAAACAUGGAUCGUGAAGUUGAAGAUAUCUUUAACGAGUCGGAAAGUGAAGGGGAACGGGAAGAAAAGAAAGCAGAAUGUCUAACUGAAAAUGUUGCUGAGAAGGAUAUAGAGAAGGAAAACAGAGAGGAAGAAGCAGCAGUGAGAAGGGCAGUUUUGGAGUAUGAAUCUAGUAGCAGCUCUGCAGAUUCUCUGUCAGGUGAACAUCCUCAUGGAUGGAGAUCAUCAGAGUCAGAACGCCGUAAAAGGACUGUGACAGAUUCAGAACUUGAUGAUUUGGAUGAAGAUAUGCCCAGCACAAAGUUUAGACGUGGGGAAGCUUUACCUAGUGAUUUAGAACUUGGGGAGGAUGAUAGUGCAAGCAAUGGUAGUGAUGAUCCACCUGAUGAAAUUGACGAUGGUGACUGGAACAUGAUGGGGGCAGCUUUGGAGAGGGAGUUUUUAUCAGGUGAUAGAGACUGAAGGAGAGUAUCAACAUAGUUGUACAUUUCUUUUUGUUUCCAUUUUGUUUUUGUUUUUAACUUUAAUUCUGUUCAAAAAUGGGAUGACUUAAUUAUGGCCAUAAAUGAAAUGUUGCUUUGGUACUUUGUAAAAGACAUCCAAUUGAAAUUGUCCUCUUAAUGUAAUUGGACUUCUGUGGAUAUUUUAUGAAGAACCAUAGCAACUCUUUGUAUCUGUCAGCGAGAUCAUCAGUUUUCAGUGGAAUGAUAGUGAUAUUUCAAUUUGUAUAUAAAAAUAGUAAUACUUCUGUAUUUUCUCAUUGAACACAGUUUCAUGCAUCACGCUUAUUGUAAGAUAAUCCCCAGUAGCUGUCUAGGAAUUGUUUAUAAAAUGCGCCUACAAUUUUAUGUGUGAAAGUAUUUUCUGACAAUUGUGUGUCAUUCUGAAGAUUAUUUUUGAAUGUGUGUAUUUUAUAUGUGGUAUGAAUUGUGAAUGUUAAGCCAAUUUUGGGUUUAAAACAAGAAUUGGCCCAUGUGUAAUUUAUUAUGCAAGUGAAACAAGAUUGAAUGAUUUGUGUGUUUAACUGAAUAUUUUAUUUUUGUGUAAUGUUUUGAGUAGUGUUAGUGGUAAAAUGAAGCAGCAAAAUCUUCAGUUAUUUUAUAUGAAUAUGUGUGAAGGAAAGUGCGUCUAAAUGAUUUUGACAAAUUGAUAAUGAAAAUGUAGAGAUAGGGAACAAUUAUGUGAAAUAAUCUCAAGUUGAACCACAGAUUUUUAUUCAAAGUAUUUUCUAAACAGUGUUUGGUUAUUACCUUUUAUAAUAAUGCUUCUUCAAUUAAUUUUAAAAGUUAAUGCGUAAAGGAAAUCAGCAUUUCAUACUCAUCUGUUGAUGCAAAAUGUCUAUAUGCUUUAUUUAUUGACUUAUUUAUUUAUUUAUUUAAAAAUAUUAUUACCCGUAGUAUUGCAUAUGGAAUGUGCUUCAGUUUAAGUAUUAGAAUAAACAUUUUCAAUUGAAUUAAAUUCAAAUUAUUUAAAAUUGUUACCAAAAUUAUGAUAAUGCUUUGAAUUUGUUCAAUAAAAUAGAGUAGCAAAAUUUGACUAUCAAUAAUUCUAUUUCAUUACAUUUUUGGAUUGUUGCAAAAUUUAAAAUCCCAAAUUAUUAUUUCAAGAAAGAAUGUGUCAGUGUUUGAAUGCAAGAUGUACAAGUGAAAAUUCAGAAAGGCUUGUUGUAGUGUACAAUAUAAUAAUAAUAAGAAUAUAAUAAUAAGGAAGAAUUAAUAUACUGAAGUGGAACAUUGCAAACUAUUCAUGAGUUACUUGAAGUAACAAAGUUAAAUUGCUGUUUUGUUUUUACCACUGUUGAUUGUAACUAAUUGUAAAUGUAUUUUAAAGUACAAGAUUCUAGGUAGUGAAACAUUAAGUAUGACUUCUUGUAUAUAAAUUCUGCAAAUUACAGUAUGUACCUGUUAAUUUAAAUUUACAAAGAGAAGCACACAGGAGUUGGAUUCAAUUUCAUGUAGCAGUUUGUUAACUUAUUGGAUCAAACUAAGCUGAAUUGUACAGUAGUGUAUAUGUAUAAGCUGACGUGCUUUGAAUUGCAAAACACUAAAUUGUUUCUAAGAUUUUCAGAGACCUUGCCAACUUAGUGUUUUAAACAGAAACACCUUUUAUCUGAAGAAAGGUAAUACUAGCAGCAGUCGCUUUUGCAAUUGACUAUGGACUGUUUGUCUCUUCCUCUGAUUUUUCUUCUCUAUCAUAUUAAACAAUUUAUUUUGUGUAUUUUCAAGAGAAGAGCUUUUGUUAGAUUUGUUCCAGAUAUGAAAUUCAUUUGAUUAAAAUUUACUGGUUAUAAAAAUGUCUUGGAAUUUGUAUUUAGAACGUUUGAUAUUGAAAAACUAAAUCUUGUGCAUGAAUGUUUAAAGGAAGGUAAAUUGAUAACUUUGAAUGCCAGCUUUCAGGAACAAUGAUAUUUCUUUUUUAUCAUUAUUAUAACAUAUUUGCAAAUGUAAACACAUUUUACAUUCUUUUUAGAAUGAAAAAUGUUCAAACAAGGUUGUAUCUUUAUUUAAAUCUUAGGUGAAAAAAUAUGUUAAUAAUACAGAUGUGCGAUAAUGUACUGAUAAAAUGUGAGUGGUGAAGAUUUUCCGGUUUUGAUUUUGAAUCAAGGAUUGUAUUACUAAUUUUCUUUCAAUUAAGUGUCCAGAACAUACUGAAUUAUUGCUAUGGUUAUUAAUUAGUAGAUACAAUGUGCAUUAUGUUUUACCCAGACUUGUUUUUUUUAAGACCCUUUGUCAUUGAAUCUGAGAUUAUUUCAUUGAUUUAAAUCAUUCAAAAAAUUGGACUGGUUUUGAGCAGUGUUAAAUGAUUAAUACAUUUUUAGAGGCACAAAUUUAAAACUGUAAUUGGUGAUAUUUCUCAAAGGAAGAAUCUGAUAUCUAUAGUCAGUUCAAUUAUAAUUUUUAUCCAAGAAACUAUAAAUUGUUGGUUUCUUUCUUCAGGGAAAGCCUUUGUAAUGCACUGAGGCAGUUUUACAAUGAAAAGUCUUUGUACCUUUGCAAUUAUUUGCUGCUAGGAAGAUGAGGAUUAUAUGAAUUACUAUAUUUGUGCUGUAAGAAAUUGUUAUAUUUUUGGAGACUGAACAUGCUCCUAAUAUUAAUAAAAAAAUUCUUAGAUACAUAUUUUGCCAAUUAAAUUUAAAACACCCCUUUACAAUCAAUACAAAUGUGAGGUGUAAAUGAAUUGCAUUUUGGAGUGUUAUUGCAAAGGACAUUAUUAUGUAGCAUGGGUAAAAUAAUUUAGUUUCCUUAUUAAAAUAAACUUGAACUUUUGAAAUAUUAGAAACUUUAAGUACUGUUUCAUCUGAAUGUGAUAUUGUGUCCUUUCUUGAAUUCUUAAUUUAGGCAGCAGCAUAAUUAUUUCACACUUUAUGUCUCAAAUGUCAGAAAGGUUCAUUUAAUACUUAUUACAAUGAAUCAUAGUGCAUUAUAAAUUUAAUUGUUUUGUAUGGUAGCUCUGUGUUAAAUUAUGCAGACAAUUUUGAUAUCUAAUAUCCUUGUAUCAUUGAAAUUUUAUUAAAAAAGAAAGUGUGAUGUUCUCAUUAUUUUAAUAAAAAUAAUUUGAAACAAUUUUUAGAGUACCAUAGCUCUUGGCGAUCAUGUUUUUGUUUUGAGUUUUGAAGUUAAAGAAAGCAAUUCAAAGUACAAAGAAAUAAAUAUCGAUUCACAGUAAAAGGCAAAAUUUAAAGGUGUUAUUCAAUUUCUUCUAGGUGCUAAUAAAUAAAUCAAUUUGUAAAUAUCUUAAAAAGAAAAGAAACUCUUAAGAAUUAUUGUUUGGUGAAAAUCAAAAUAGGAAACAUUUAGAUGAUGUUCAGAUGCAGAAUACUUGUAGUAUGUUCAUAGUGUCACAAAUAUUAAAUGCAGAAUUAUGUGAAAAAGAAGUUACAAACUACAUUUGAGUUCAUCUUCUUUGAAAUUUGUUGAGAAAUAAACACAGCAUAACAGUAU